AUGGCGGGUCAUAUGUUGAGGGAAGCCACGUUGAAUCUGCAAACGCAGAGCCUUGGAGAAGCCAUGCGUUGCUAUCGGAAUAUGGAUAUUCCAGGGAUGGACCAACUUUGCGAUGGAAGAGAAUUCACAACAGCGAAGCAAGCUCAAAGUGUUGUCCGUCAGAAUGGCCUACGGGGCAUGGUCAGCGAAAUCUACGGUGUCACCAACUGGGACUUUACCUUUGAGGGUCACAAGGGCCAGGGCGAUUGGCAGGCAGCCUUGGGCGUCACAUUGCGUGUCCACCAUUUGGCCUGGCAGAGUAUGGCGGGCGAAGCGAAGAGGGACUACCCAGCAGCGAUUGGGUACCAGUCCCCAUGGUGCGACCAGUACAAGAUGGUCGAAGAUCACUUUUCCCGUGUGAACAUCGCGCUCACGCGAGGAUCUCCAGUUUGUCGAGUCGCGGUGAUUCACCCGAUUGAAAGCUAUUGGCUUCGUUAUGGUCCCUACGACCAGUCCGGAGAAGAACUGGCGGCUCGCGACGCAGCAUUUGUUGAUUUGACAAACUGGCUUCUGCUUGGUCACAUAGAUUUUGACUUCAUCAGCGAGAGUCUGUUUCCGGAGCAGACUUCUCUGGGAGACAUAACAGGAGAGUACCUUCAAGUAUCCAAGUGUCGUUACGAGGUCGUCAUUGUUCCAGACCUGCUUACCAUACGCUCGACUACACUCGGCCGACUCUCACGGUUUGGGAAGCUGGGUGGCAGAGUUCUGCUGCUGGGUGACAUGCCGAAGUAUCUGGAUGGUCAGCUUCCUCCGUCAAAAUUGCACAUUUCGAACCAUCUUGGCCCCCAAAAUAUCAUUCAAUUCACUCGUUUUCAUCUUCUGAAUGUGCUCCAAUCUUCCAGGGAUAUCGACAUACAUCUCAGCGAGGAUACAAUAUAUCAACGAGCUGGAGACCGCGCGGAUACCCUUCUGUAUCAGCUGAGGGCGGAUGGGCCUAAUCGCUAUCUCUUUAUCUGCAAUACAAGUCGCAAAGAAGCAUAUCCCGUCCAUGUUGCCAUGAAGGGCAUGAUAAAGAAUGGGAACCGGUGGAAGAAAUUUUGCGCAUUGAUAACUUGGUUCGAGCCCGAGUGA